AUGGCCCUCCACGCUGCUAAGGAGGACGCCAAGCUCAUAUUCGCACCUGCGGGGACUGAGGCACACGGCCAGGCUGGCCAAUUCACCAAGGGCCACCUGACACGGACGGACUUGGACCCCUCGUCGCCCAUCCGCCAGUUCCACGCCUGGUUCGGAGCUGCGCAGCAUCCCGCGGCGCAGGUGGCCCAUCCGGAGACCUGCACCCUGUCCACGGCAUCACUGCCCUCAGGCCGUGUCUCUGCCCGCAUGGUCUACCUGAAGGAGCUGGAUGACCACGGCUUCGUCGUCUACAGCAACUUUGGCACCAGCCGCAAGGCCGCGGACCUGGCGACGAACCCCUGGGCCAGUCUUACGUUCUGGUGGGAGAGCAUGGAGCGCCAGAUUCGGGUGGAGGGCAAAGCGACCCGGCUGAGCAGCGAGGAGAGCCAGGUCUACUACGAUACACGGGUGCGAGGCAGCCGGCUGGGCGCCUGGGCUAGUCGGCAGAGCCAGGUCUUGAAGCCCGAGGGUGACGGCGACGAUGGAAGGAAGGAGCUGGACGGUUGGGUCAAGGAGGCAGAGGACAAGUUCCAGGACCAAGAGAAGAUUCCCGUGCCUGAAUUCUGGGGCGGUCUGAGGAUUGUGCCGGAGUCGGUCGAGUUUUGGCAGGGACGGGAGAGCCGGUUGCACGAUCGCUUCGUGUACACGAGAAAGGUGGAAGGCAAAGACCAGUGGACUCUGGAGAGAUUGAGCCCAUAG